AUGAAAAACACACAGUUACAAACUCUACAAAAACAUCUGGAUGAAAUUAACAAGAAAAUUUCUUACAUCAAGGAUAAAAUCAGUUCAAUUGAUGUUGCUAAGGAAUCCAAUAACAUUUCAAAAAUGUUUGAUAAUACAAUCAAUGUAGAUAGUUAUAGAAAUCUUCCACAAAAAAUUCUGACAACUUCGCCAAAAUUCACUUCAGGUAGAAUUAUUGAAGGAGAACUUGGUAACAUGUUUGGAACUUUAUCACCAAGUUCUCUGACUUCAAAUAAACAUGGCUACAGCAUGAAGACAACACAGAAAUCACCAGAAGCUGGAUCCUCCCCUCCAUUAAAGCACCUGCUGGAUGAACCUCAGACUGUCACCACCAUAGGCACUGGGUAUGGAGUAUUUUACAGUGUGGCCUGUCUAAGUGAUGAAGAAAUAUUGAACUGUGAAUAUUGUAAAAAAAACAAGAAGAUAAAAGAAGUGAUCCGACUACAGAACUGGAAACCUGAUGGUGUAUGUUGUACCUCUUUAGGUGACCUCCUGAUUAUCAUGAACAAAUACCUGGAUGUUUGUCUGUCUGAUUGUGGAGUUAGAGCAGUAGUGGUGGUCAAUCAGGCCGGGAAACUGAGAUUAAGAUACACUGGACAUACUUUAUCUGUAUUAUUCUAUCCACAUGGAAUCACCACAGACAGUCAGAGUCACAUCCUUACAGCUGAUAAUAACAAUCACUGUGUCCACAUCAUAGACCAGGAUGGACAGUUCCUCCGUUACAUUGACGAUGGAUUGAUGUACCCCAGAGGACUGUGUACAGAUAGACAUGAUUAUCUGUUUGUUGCUAAACAUGGAAACAGACAAAUGAAGAAAAUAAAAUAUCUCCGAAGAAAUCACACACCAACUUAA